UAUCAAAAAGUGGGUCAGGCCUAUUCUCUUCCAGUCUUCCUUACCCAUUAGGACGAGCUGUUAAACAGUUAGGUCCUUGGUUGCUCAGAAUCGAAAGCAGAGACUCUGCAACUAAACCAACACUCAAUUCCGUCGAUGGCGCUCUCUGGCUCUCGUGAUGCAUGCCCCACGGUAAAGAACAUUCUUCUACUAGACUCUGAAGGGAAGCGUGUGGCUGUCAAAUACUACUCAGAUGAUUGGCCAACUAAUAAUGCUAAGUUAGCUUUUGAGAAGUCACUGUUUGCAAAGACUAUGAAGUCCAAUGCCCGUACAGAAGCGGAGAUCACAAUGUUCGACAACAAUAUUGUUGUCUAUAAAUUCAUCCAGGACCUCCACUUCUAUGUGACUGGAGGUGAUGAUGAAAAUGAACUCAUCUUAGCUUCAGUUCUUCAAGGUUUCUUUGAUUCAGUUUCCCUGCUUUUGAGGAGUACUGUUGACAAAAGGGAGGCACUCGAGAACUUGGAUCUUAUUUUUUUGUGUCUUGAUGAGAUUGUUGAAAAAGGGAUGAUACUUGAGACAGAUGCCAAUGUUAUUGCAGGAAAGGUGGCAGUAAAUAGCAUGGAUCCUGGCGCACCUUUGUCCGAGCAGACCAUAAGCCAAGCAUUGGCUACGGCACGUGAACAUUUGACGAGAACGCUCUUUCAGUAAGCUUUCCAUGGAUGGGCAGAGAAAAUCUCAGAUUUCAUUCUUUGUUAAAUUUUGUUUUCCAAUCUGUUGGCAUGUAGAAGUUCAUUCCAUUUGAUACAUUAUUGGUGGGCUUAAAAAUAGCGAGGAUAGUUCCAACUGGGCUUGUAAUGAUUAUGUUUAUCACAUCAAAUAAUAAUUUUAAAAGGUUGUGUGCAA